AUGGCCUUAAAAGAAUCUCAUCUGUUCCAGUCACACCUUCAGGUACCCAACAAACUGCUAACAGUCUCUACUCAAACGCAGUAUAACUUUGGGCGAUUUCAGAAGUCUGCGGCCAAAACCCGAGCAGCAUUUUGCUGCAAAAUCCAAGCAAGCACAUUGUCUGUCACAGCUAAUAUAGUCACAAUUUUUAUUCUUUCCCGUGGUAAAUGCGGACUCUCCAAAUGCAUAACCCGUUAUCUGGUGGCGAUGGCAGUAGCCGACCUAAUGAUCCUGAUACUCGAAGUAAUACUGUACGAAAUUAAAGAUGCGUAUUUUCCUUAUACAUUUCUGAAUUACACUCCCAUUUGCAGUCUCAACAUGGCCUUACUUUUUAUUUCAAUUGAUUGCUCCGUUUGGAUAACUGUCGCUUUUACCUUUGAUCGAUUCAUUGCUAUUUGUUGUCAAAGACUUCGAGCAAAAUAUUGCACUGAGAAAACUGCUGCUGUGGUGAUAAUAGUUGUGUUCUCAUUAAGUUGUUUGCAGAAUGUCCCAAUAUACUUCAUUUAUGAACCACGGGAGUUAAUUGACAAUGUUCCAUGGUCCUGUUAUGUGAAGUCAAGUUUCUAUACUUCACCCUUAUGGAUAGCAUUUUUAUGGCUUGAAAGUCUUUUGAUACCAUUUCUUCCUUUUAUUUUUAUUUUAAUGCUCAACUGUCUGACCACGAGGUAUAUUCUUAUGGCUAAUAGAGUGAGAAGUGUUCUCCGAGGUAACCAUAGUGCGGGUAGUAAUAAUGACCCAGAGAUGAACAAUCGAAGAAAAUCCAUCAUUUUACUGCUCGCCAUUUCAGGCAAUUUUAUAAUGUUAUGGAUGGUGAUUUUCAUAUAUUUCUUGAUUGUGCAGUUUGCAGAUGUACAAUUUUUCGAAACGAGUUAUAACGACUCUUUCACCAUUAUGGAACAAACUGGUUAUAUGCUUAGCUGUUUGAGUUCAUGUACCAACACAUUUAUUUACGCAGUGUCUCAGAGAAAGUUUAGAGAGGAGCUGAAGAACAUGACUAAACAUUGUCUGACUCCCAUUACUCGUGUAAUCAAAUAA